AUGAACGGGAAGGCGCGGCGCUGCUUGGGCCACCUCUUUCUCAGCCUGGGCAUGGUCUACCUCCGGAUCGGCGGCUUCUCCUCGGUGGUAGCUCUGGGCGCCAGCAUCAUCUGUAACAAGAUCCCAGGCCUGGCUCCCAGACAGCGGGCGAUCUGCCAGAGCCGGCCGGACGCCAUCAUCGUCAUAGGAGAAGGCUCGCAAAUGGGCCUGGACGAGUGUCAGUUUCAGUUCCGCAAUGGCCGCUGGAACUGCUCCGCGCUGGGCGAGCGCACGGUCUUCGGAAAGGAGCUCAAAGUGGGGAGCCGGGAGGCUGCCUUCACAUAUGCCAUCAUCGCUGCUGGCGUGGCCCAUGCCAUCACGGCGGCCUGUACCCAGGGCAACCUGAGCGACUGCGGCUGUGACAAGGAGAAGCAAGGCCAGUACCACCGGGAUGAGGGCUGGAAGUGGGGUGGCUGCUCCGCCGACAUCCGCUACGGCAUCGGCUUCGCCAAGGUCUUUGUGGAUGCCCGUGAGAUCAAGCAGAAUGCCCGGACGCUCAUGAACUUGCACAACAACGAGGCGGGCCGCAAGAUCCUGGAGGAGAACAUGAAGCUGGAGUGUAAGUGUCACGGCGUGUCGGGCUCGUGCACCACUAAGACCUGCUGGACCACGCUGCCCCAGUUCCGAGAGCUGGGCUACGUGCUCAAGGACAAGUACAACGAGGCCGUGCACGUGGAGCCGGUGCGCGCCAGCCGUAACAAGCGUCCCACCUUCCUGAAGAUCAAGAAGCCACUGUCGUACCGCAAGCCCAUGGACACGGACCUGGUGUACAUCGAGAAGUCGCCCAACUACUGCGAGGAGGACCCGGUGACGGGCAGCGUGGGCACGCAGGGCCGUGCCUGCAACAAGACGGCCCCCCAGGCCAGCGGCUGCGACCUCAUGUGCUGUGGCCGCGGCUACAACACCCACCAGUACGCCCGCGUGUGGCAGUGCAACUGUAAGUUCCACUGGUGCUGCUACGUCAAAUGCAACACAUGCAGCGAGCGCACUGAGAUGUACACGUGCAAGUGA